GUUGUUUAGGACAGAGCGCUUUACGCUGUCCACCAAUAGUGAACUUGGGUCACCAAGGCAUUUAUAAUCCAUAUCCAGCAUUUGUUCACGCACAACUGGGUCGGUAUGGAAGAGGCAGACCUGGUCAAGGAGCGGCUCCAAGCCAUAACGGAUAAGAGGAAAGUCCAAGAGGACAUUGCUCAUAAAAAGCUGGAGAUUGACAAGGAGAAAUUAAAGCUUCAGCACUUAAAGAAAAAGUCCUUGAGAGAGCAAUGGCUCAUGGAUGGAGCAGCCAUCCAGAGCCCACAGCAGAGAGAGACUUUGAGGGGAGAUCAACAACAAACUAAGCUCCUCCAGACCAGCAUCCACAGGAUUGAGAAAGAGAUUGAGGCUAUGGAGAGGGAAGAGACGAUGAUAUCAAAAAACGAGGGCUUCAUACUGAAGAGACUGAAGGCUAUUGAGAAAACCCCCGAGGAGAUAAUAAAGGAGGCAAAUGAGAAUUUCAAAGAAGCUACUCUAGAUGUCCCAAAGUUCUACAAGCCUCAAAUUUCAAGGAAGCAGUCCUUUAAAUUUAAUAAGGACACACCCAAACAAACCAUGUUUGCAAUGGAGAUCAACGUCCAGAAGGACCUCCGUACCGGGGAGAGCCGGGUCCUGUCUACAUCCACCGUCACCCCCCAGGAGCUCCAGCAGAGAGGGGUUAAAGUCUACGACGACGGCCGUAAGUCCGUCUAUGCCCUGCAGUCUGAUGGGUCUCACCUGGGGAAUGGAGUGGAUGAGCUCAGCCCUAUAGAGGUGGAGGAGCUGCUGCGAGCAGCCACAGAACAGAAGAAGUCUCAGAGAGGACCUCGGGGCCACCAGGGCCAUCAGGAAUCAGCACCUGCAUUCUCCCCCAACUAUAGCCCUCGGGGCCACCAGGAACCAGUGCCUGUAAUUUCCCCCAACUGUGGCCUUCGUGGCCACCAGGAAGCAGUGCCUGCAUUCUCCCCCAACUAUAGCCCUCGGGGCCACCAGGAACCAGUGCCUGCAUUCUCCCCCAACUGUGGCCCUCGUGGCCACCAGGAAGCAGUGCCUGUAUUCUCCCCCAACUGUGGCCCUUUGGUCCACCAGGAACCAGUGCCUGCAUUCUCCACCCCCUGUGGCCCUCGGAGCCACCAGGAGCUCAGCCCUAUGGAGGUGGAGAAGCUGCUCCGAAAGGCUAUAGUGCAGAAGAUGCCUCAAAGCGGAGCUUUCCCACAGGCCCAUCAGGUUCACCAGGAAUCAGUGCCUGCAUUCUCCACCACCUCCAGCAGGAGUGCCUCAGCCUCCAACAGGCCCCAACAGAGUCAUGCUAAAGUCCUCCAAGGAACCAAUGGGAAUGGGUAUCAGCAGGAGUUGUAUGAGCAUGACGUCCUCUCCAGGAAGGAGCUCCACUACAUUGAUGGAGUCCACUACUCAGGGCCGGAGAGUCUCUCCUCCUCCCCUCACAUUCCAGUCCCCUCUUUCAUCUGCAGGAAGGACGAGGAGUACACAACCAACCGGUACAACCAGAACCCUUUCUCCUAUGGCGGGGAGUUUCACCCCACCCACAACUCCUACCAUAGCCCUAGAGAGAGCCAGCAAGGUGGGAUGUUUUACAACUCGUCGGCUAAAAAGGACCAGAAAACAUCUCCGAUCUACCAGGAAGACUUGCACUUCAGUAUCCUGAACGCCAUAGACACAUCGGAGCCUAUCACUGCGAUCUUUAUGGGCUACCAAACCGCCAAGGAUGACAGUGGACGUGGUCUGGGCUACGAAGGGUCCAUCCGGGCUGAGAUUGUCGUCAUUGGCGAUGAGGAUGGGGUGGACGAGAGUAACCCUCAGCUUAACACCUACGACCCGGAUGGAUGCAACAACUGGGGUUAUCAUCACUCUCAACCUCAACAGAAAUUAAUACAGUACAUGGCAGAGCCCACCGCUAAUAUUAACGCUAACAAUGCGUCACCGUACACAGCGUCAAAGAAGUUGGUCUACCCUGGUCAACAGGCCAAAGAGGCAUGCUACCCUUAUUCAGACGGACAGUUGGACAGGACAGAGAAGCACCCAGUCCCAGGUAUCAGAAAGAUUCAAAUGAUUCAAAAGAGAAAGAAGCCAUGCUGCAUGCUCAUGUAACCAACCUGCAACUGUUGACACUAGCUACCUAACAUCAUUUCCUUUGCUUUGACUGACAGCACUUUUGAGGUUUCUCAUUGGCUGGCUAGUGUGUUGAACUGUAUUCUGUAUGCUGGCUUCUCUGUUGCAUCAGUUUGUUCUUGUCUUAAUCAUUGUAACACAUACUGACCUGAAACUCUCAUUCUAAUCACACUCUGUCACUGUUUACAUACACAGUGAUGUUGUGUAUCCAUACCAGAGCUUGUUUUGAUACUUGAAGUCAAACUCUGCCUCUCUCUAGUGGCUGGAAGACAGUAAUGCUGUAACUUUGGUUUCCUACAGGCCAAAAUGUGCUUGACUGCUUGUAUAAUAUGUCAAAUAUUAUUGGAUAUUUUUUAUGUUUAUACUUUUGGAUAACAAAGUUAGAAUGAACUUUUUUACUGACAUAUUAUAAAUAACUGGUCUGAAGGUACAGUGCAAAUCAAAUGUACACUCUGAUUAAAUCAUUGUUUUGCACUAACUUAAUAUUUAUUAUUUUGCAUGUGUUUUUUAGAAUCUCUUUUCCACAUUGCAAUGUUCUUAUGCCAUGUCUGUACUCUGUAUACUUACAGUAAUAUGCAUGAUUUCUUGCCCAGUAACUUAAACAGUAAUUAACUCAUUAUUGACUGCCUUAAUCCUCUUGUGUAACAAUGAUCUGUGUGUGUGUGUGUGUGUGUGUGUGUGUGUGUGUGUGUGUGUGUGUGUGUGUGUGUGUGUGUGUGUGUGUGUGUGUGUGUGUGUGUGUGUGUGUGUGUGUGUGUGUGUGUGUGUGUGUGUGUGUGUGUGUGUGUGUGUGUGUGUGAGAGAGACA